AUGGCGGAGCUGAGACUCGGAGCCGAGCUGGCUUCACCAUUCCCAAUAGCUACAGAACCUCAGAAACCCCGCCCAAGAAAAGUGCCAGAGCUGCCAAUCUUGGAGAGAAGGAACUGGCUUAUACACCUGCACUAUAUCCGCAAAGAUUAUGAUGCAUGUAAGAUUGCUAUCAAAGAGCAACUCCACGAGACUCAGGGAAUGUGUGAAUAUGCAGUCUAUGUUCAAGCCUUGAUACUUCGUUUAGAAGGGAAGAUUCAAGAAUCCCUAGAACUUUUUCAGACAUGUUCCAUUCUAAAUCCUCAGAGUGCUGACAACCUCAAACAGGUGGCGCGAUCAUUGUUUCUGUUGGGAAAACACAAAGCAGCUAUUGAAGUAUACAAUGAAGCAGCUAAACUCAACCAGAAGGAUUGGGAGAUCUGCCACAACCUGGGCGUGUGCUACAUGUACCUGAAGCAUUUCAACAAGGCGAAAGACCAGCUGAAUGAUGCCUUGCAGCUCAACAGGCAUGAUCUGACAUACAUGAUGCUAGGAAAAAUUCACCUGCUGCAAGGGGAGACCGACAAAGCCAUCGAAGUCUAUAAGAAAGCAGUGGAGUUUUCUCCAGAAAACACAGAGCUCCUUACGACCCUGGGUUUACUCUAUUUGCAGCUUGGGGUUUAUCAGAAGGCAUUUGAACAUCUUGGAAAUGCACUUACAUAUGAUCCCACCAAUUAUAAGGCUAUCUUGGCAGCUGGCAGUAUGAUGCAGACUCACGGUGAUUUUGAUGUAGCCCUCACCAAGUACAGGGUAGUAGCCUACACCAUGCCUGAAAGCCCCCCAUUAUGGAACAACAUUGGAAUGUGCUUCUUCGGCAAGAAGAAAUACGUGGCAGCUAUUAGUUGCCUGAAGCGAGCCAAUUAUUUAGCUCCCUUUGACUGGAAGAUUCUGUUCAAUUUGGGGCUAGUCCACCUGACAAUGCAGCAGUAUGCAUCUGCUUUCCACUUUCUCAGCGCCGCUGUCAACUUCCAGCCCCGGAUGGGAGAGCUCUACAUGCUCCUGGCAGUGGCUCUGACAAACCUCGAAGAUGUUGAGAAUGCUAAACGAUCCUAUGAGCAAGCUGUAGCGCUGGACCAGUGUAAUCCCCUGGUCAAUCUGAACUACGCUGUGCUGCUCUACAACCAGGGGGAUAAGAAGGGAGCACUAUGCCAAUACCACGAGAUGGAGAAGAAGGUCAAUGCCCUGAAGGAGAACAGCGCUCUUGACUUUGAUCCUGAGAUGGUGGAUGUGGCCCAGAAGGUGGGAGCUGCCCUGCAGGCGGGGGAGAGUCUGGUCUGGACUAAACCCAUCAAAGAUUCCAAAUUAAAGCAGCGAGCCGCUACAUCUAGCAAACCCUCCAGCACUCAGCAACCUCUGGGCUCUAACCAAGCCCUGGGUCAGGCCAUGUCUUCAGCAGCUGGGUAUGGGAAGACUAUGCAGCUUUCUACAGGUGCUGGAGCAUCGGCUCCCCUUGCAAAGCCCCCGUCGCUGCCUCUGGAACCUGAACCGGGCUCAGAAACAGGCCCCGAAGAGACCAUAUCCCCUACAGAGCCCCAAGAAUGGAGAAAAGAGAAGCGCAAAAGCAGGCUGACCACAGAAUAG